UAUAUAGUAUAUGUGAUGUGUGUAUAUAGAUAUAUAUGAUGGUAUACUAUGAUAUAUCGAUGUACUAACCCAACCUAAUGUCUGACAUUAGUAACUCCACUUAUCAGUCAUGACUUCUAAAAAAGAAAUUGUAUCAAGCUGAACUCUGAUUUAUAUCAUAUAAAAUUUAAUAUCUGUAAAUGAUUUUACCGGAGGAAUAAAAUUAAUAUAUUAUUGAGUUUAAAACAAUGGUUGAUUGAGAGUUUAACGUGCAUAUAGGCAAACAAGAACUCUGUAAAAAAAAAUCUUGACUCUAAGCAAUAAAAUGUAAGGAUCGCUAUACUCAUACUAGUUAUCUGUUUAUUAGCAUAUCUGCUAAUUUAUAUGAGUACAAACUCGAUGAAACUGUUAAUUUUGACGACUGUUAAUUUUGUCAUGUGAGAAAAAAGCAUUUACUAUCAGGAAGUAAAAAUUGAAUGGAAUCGAAUACAGGCACGUCCCUUGCUUGAGAUAAUUGAAAAUGUUUCGCAGUCGGAGCUGGUUCGGUGGUGGACUUUGGAAGCCCAAAAACCCACAUUCUCCAGAACAUCUUAAAUAUCUGUACAAUGUCUUGUCAAAGAAUCAGACUGUGUCUGAGCAUAAUAGAGGUUUAUUGGUUGAAACUCUGCGUUCGAUAGCUGAGAUUCUCAUAUGGGGUGAUCAAAAUGAUAGCAGUGUCUUUGACUUUUUUCUGGAGAAGAACAUGCUUUCGUUUUUUCUACGUAUUAUGAAACAGAAAUGUGGAAGCUAUGUUUGUGUUCAAUUGCUUCAAACAUUAAAUAUUUUAUUUGAAAAUAUACGCAAUGAGACAUCCUUAUAUUAUCUAUUGAGCAACAAUCAUGUAAACAGUAUAAUAGUACACAAAUUUGACUUUAGUGAUGAAGAAGUAAUGGCAUAUUAUAUUAGUUUCUUGAAGACAUUAAGUUUGAAAUUAAAUGCACAUACCAUUCAUUUCUUUUAUAACGAGGUAAACGAGCACACCAAUGAUUUUCCACUAUACACAGAAGCAAUCAAAUUUUUCAAUCAUUCAGAAGGUAUGGUACGUAUAGCAGUGAGAACUCUGACGCUAAAUGUGUAUCGUGUUGAAGAUGCAUCUAUGUUAGCUUUUAUAAGAGAUCGCACAGCUGCACCGUAUUUUAGUAAUCUCGUGUGGUUUAUUGGUGAUCAUAUUAUAGAGUUAGAUAUCUGCGUCCGGACUGAUGCUGAUCAUCAGAGUCAAAAUAGAUUAUCAGAUUUAGUUGCCGAACAUUUGGAUCAUUUGCAUUAUUUAAACGAUAUUUUGUGUUUGAAUAUAUCAGACUUGAAUAAAGUUCUAUCGGAACAUUUAUUACAUAAAUUAUUAGUUCCAUUGUAUGUCUAUUCUCUGAUGAAACACAAAAAUGUUUUGUGCCAAACUCAGGAUGAGAGAAAACAUGUUAGUGUUGUGGUAGCACUUUUUCUACUUUCUCAAGUCUUUUUAAUAGUAUCGCAUGAACCUCUUGUACAUACAUUAGCAGCUGUAAUGCUCAUGUCUGAUUUAGAGAUGAUCCAAAUUGGAACAAAUAGAGUUCUUGAAAAAUUUGGAGAUAUAAUAUCAAAUAAGUCUGUCAUUUUUUCGCCACCAAAAGAAACAUUGGAUAAAUCUUUGGAAAAUUUAAAUGAAACUCACUCAACAGCUGAAGAAUUUUAUAAUCAAGAAAAAAAUAUAAAACAUAUAAACGAAAUAGUUAAAAACACAAUUGACAAAUCACAAGAAUUUAAUCAACCAAGUACAUCUUUUAGUGACGUUUCAAACUCAAUAAAUAGUCCUACUUUAGUGAGUACAUCAGCGGAUACAAGCAUUUCAAGUGAAGAGAAUUUAGAAGAAAUGAAGCAAUUAAAUGUGACAGAUGAGGAGAAAGAGCAACGAUUGGCAUUAGAGAGUCCUUUAAUACCUCAACAAAGUCAGAAUGAUAUACAUGAAUCUUUAGCAAAAAAACCAUUUCUAGAAACAAUAAUAAAUUCCUUAUUAUGCAUAGAAAAUGACUAUGCUGCCUUAUUUGCACUUUGUUUAUUAUAUGCUUUAGCUAAUAACCAGUCUUUGACGUUAAAUAUGGAAGUAGAAACUCAAUUACCAUUGACCAAUCCAGUUAACUGUGUACAAGUUAACAACGUUCUUGAUCUAAAUAAUAGUGAUUUGAUUGCAUGUACUGUUGUAUGGAAAGAUGGCCAAAAAAUUCGGCGUUUCUUAGUUAUCGAUGUUGUACAAUUAAUUCUUGUGGAACCUGAUAUUAGCAAGCUUGGAUGGGGUGUUGCAAAGUUAGUUGGUUUUUUACAAGACAUUGAUGUGGCCGGUGACAAAGAUGAUUCAAGAUGUCUAUAUCUGACAAUUUACAAACCAUUAAGUAGCAGCACAGGCAAUCGUAUACCGUUACUAUCGGCUAAAUUUAUUUUUGAUGAUCAUAUUCGAUGUAUGGCAGCCAAACAAAGACUGACAAAGGGACGAAUAAAAGCAAGACAAAAGAAAAUGAAUCAGAUUGCAAGAUUGCUAGAUAUACCAACAAGUAUGCCUCAUUGUUCAACUCCACCUAAUUAUGCCUUGCGUAGUUUACGAUAUGAACGUGUUGGACGUAGUCAGAGACCCCAAAGGGAUCAGACAAGGCCAAUGUUUAUGGUGAAUAAAGUUCCUGGAUUUGCUGCUCAAAUGCGUAGGGAAAAUAUUAGGCCAAUAGCAUCGUCGAGUUCCAAACGUGACGAUGUCAAUUCGAACGAGAGAGGUCAUGAAAAUGGUUUGCGAUCUAGAGACAGUUCGCCUAAAAUGCCAAGACCACGAAGUGAGGAGAUUCCUUUAGAGGACAUAUGUAUUAGAAAAGCCUCUCUUACAUCCAAUGGAUUAAAUGUACCGAUGUGCUCAGAAAGGAGGGAUAGUCAAGAUACUAUUUCAAAUAACACCGAGUCUUUAUCUGUAAUUAGAAAACAUUCUGAAGAAACAUCUUUUACGUCUCCACAAGAGCAAGAACCAAAGCCACGUAGGAAAGGUCAAGUGGAAACUGUGUGAUUGCAAUAAUUAAUUUGGCAAAUUAAUAAUUCAAAUUAAAUGUAUCUUUUACAAAUUUUUAAAGAUUGAAUGAAAAUGUGUAUGUAAUACUUUUAAGUAAACGAAGAAAAUCUGUUUAACUAAUUUAAUAAUUUAAUAAAAUCUUCUUAGUAUAAACAUUUUAUUUUAUAAUUAGUAAACUUUAAUUUUUAUAUUUUUGUCAAAUAUGUGAUGGUAAUAACAAAUGUUAGAUAAAUUUACUUCAAUGAAAAUUUUUAUUACUAACAAAAAAAAUGUAGAAAGGGAAAAGUGGAAGAUAUUAAAUGACAUUAUUAAAUCAUUGUAAACUUUUCUUUGUCUUGAAAAUCACUGAGGAUUCUUAUUGAUAAAUAUAUCAUAUUUUAAUUUAUAUAAAGGACAAUGGGUAAAAUAAAUAAUUUCAUCUAAAAAAUAUAGUGUAUACUAUACAUGUUAUCUUAUGUCUCAAAUUUCUGAAUAAAAGCAAUAAUUUUAUUUAUGUAAAA